AUGUUCCCAUCACACUGUUUUAUACUGAAAAAAGUGGACUUUGCACAGAAGUACCUACCCUUCAAAUACUUGGGAGCCACUCACCGAGAAGAUCAGUGCAAUCAAUCAUCCAACCAGAUAACGCAGGUUGUUAUCAUUCCUGAAAAAAUGUUGAAAAGGAGAAGUGACAAUGCAGAAGGUCUCAUGCAAAUCGACAAAGACGGAAUGGAUGGGAAAAUUAAAAAGGUAAUCCAUCCUGGGUACUUAUACUGUAAUGGAUCCUAG